AUGUCUAAGGAGCUCUCCGAAGAAGGCACAAGGGACGUCUCCGCUGAGACUUGUGUGAAACAGAAAGAGAUAAAGAAGGAAACCCGACUGGGCAUGUCCGUAAAGAAAGACGAUGACUUUGGCAAGUGGUAUUCUGAGGUUUGCAUACGCGGUCAAUUGCUUAGCUACUACGAUGUACAAGGCUGCUACAUUCUCAAGCCAUCCGCAAUCAAAGUGUGGAACCUUAUAAAAGCUUUCUUUGAUGCCAAAAUUGAGAAGAUGGGCGUGGAGGAACACACUUUCCCUCUGUUUGUAACACCUUGUGCUCUAGAGAAAGAGAAGAAGCACAUUGAAGGAUUUGCUCCCGAGCUUGCUUGGGUUACUAAAGCUGGUGAAUCCGAGUUGGCUGUUCCCCUUGCUAUACGUCCCACCAGUGAGACCAUUAUGUACCCUCACUUUAGCAAGGAGAUUAGAUCAUACCGUGACCUUCCUCUCAAGGCUAACCAGUGGGUUAACGUUGUGAGAUGGGAGGUUAGCGACCCUGUCCCCUUUAUCAGGAGCCGUGAGUUCCUCUGGCAGGAAGGCCACACCGCUUUCGCCACUCAGGCCGAGGCGGACAAAGAGGUGCUUCACAUUCUGGAUCUCUACAGCGACGUGUACGAGAAGCUCUUUGCGGUGCCUGUUAUCAAGGGUAAAAAGAGCGAGAACGAGAAGUUUUCCGGUGGUAAUUACACGACCAGCGUGGAGGCUUUCAUCCCAAGCACCGGACGUGGCAUUCAAGCUGCGACUUCACAUAGUCUCGGACAAAGAUUUGCCAACAUGUUUGACAUCACCUUUGAAGACAAGGAGGGACACAGAUCAAACGUGUGGCAGAACUCCUGGGGCCUCAGUACGAGAUCGAUUGGAGUGAUGGUGAUGACUCAUGGGGAUGACAAAGGUUUGGUGUUCCCUCCUUUGGUGGCACCUGUCCAAGUUGUGGUGAUCCCAGUUCCUUUCAUUGGUGCUGAUACCAAGAUGAUCUACGAAGCGUGUGAAGCUGUUAAAGCCACCUUGCAUGAGGCUGGAUUCCGUGCUAAAGAAGAUAACCGAGACAACUAUGCUUGCGGCUGGAAGUACUCAGACUCGGAGCAGAAGGGUGUUCCAUUGAGAAUCGAGAUUGGUCCCAGGGACUUGGCCAGUAAUCAGGUGAGAAUGGUGAGGCGUGACACUGGAGCUAAGGUGGAUAUCCCCAGAGGAGACUUGGUCGAACGAGUUAGGGACGUUCUCGGCGAAAUCCAGAGAAGCCUCUUUGAUGCGGCUAAGACCAAGUUGGAUAAUUGCAUUCAAGUGGUUGAGACUUGGGACGAGUUCAUGGAAGCUCUGAGCCAGAAGAAACUCAUCUUGGCUCCAUGGUGCGAUGAAGUCGAAGUGGAGGAGCUUGUCAAGAAGCGUACCAAAGAAGAAACAGGAGGAGCAGCAGCAAAGACUCUAUGUGCCCCACUUGACCAGCCUGAACUCAAAGACGACACUCUAUGCUUUGCAUCUGGAAAGAAGGCCACGACAUGGAGCUACUGGGGCAGGAGUUACUAA